AUCUGGCUCACAUAAGUCCCAGUGAGAGAUCAUGAGGAGCUUUGAUCUUUCUGAUGAAGAGAUUGCGAAGUUUCAAGAUCCUUACCACUGGUUGAGCUACUUUUCACCGCUGGCUAUGAAGGAUCUCAAGGCUUUUGGGCUGAGCUGUGACUGGAGGCGUUCAUUCAUAACUACUGACAUGAAUCCGUUCUAUGAUGCUUUUGUCCAAUGGCAGAUGAGGAAGUUAAGGAAUAUGGGCAAGAUUGUAAAAGGGAAGCAAUACAUGGUCUACUCUCCAUUGGAUGGCCAACCUUGUGCUGAUCAUGACCGUGCAUCAGGUGAAGAGGUUGGACCUCAGGAAUAUGUGUUGAUUAAAAUGGAGGUGAUCCCUCCAUUUCCACCCAAGUUGAAGGCCCUGGAAGGUAGAAAUGUGUAUUUGGCAGCAGCUACCCUCAGACCUGAGACAUUAUAUGGUCAAACAAAUUGUUGGAUCCAGCCUGAUGAGAACUAUGGUGCUUUUGAGGUUAAUGACAUUGACAUUUUCAUUUUGACAGCAAGGUCUGCACGUAAUCUUGCUUACCAGAUGUUGUCAAGAGUUCCAGAAAAGCCAACUUGCUUGGCUGAGCUUUGUGGCAGGGAGCUGAUCGGCUUGCAACUAAAGUCUCCUCUUGCCUUCUAUGAGAUUGUAUAUGUGCUUCCAAUGCAGAAUGUCUUGACACAUAAAGGCACCGGUAUUGUGAUUAGUGUUCCAAGUGAUUCACCUGAUGAUUUUAUUGCAUUUCAAGAGUUGGUAACAAGUCCAGAUUUGAGGGUUAUGUAUGGAGUAAAAGAUGAGUGGGUUUUGCCUUUUAAGGUGAUACCGGUAAUCAAUGUUCCAGGAUAUGGAAAUGAAACAGCUAAGAAGGUUUGCCUUGAUCUGAAAAUUGAUAGCCUGAACCAGAAAGAUAAACUUGCUGAAGCAAAAGAGAUAACAUACCUGAAAGUUUUCCACAAUGGAACAAUGAUUGUAGGCGAGUUUAAGGGAAGAAAGGUUCAAGAAGUUAAGCCGCUAAUAAAGGAUAUGCUAUUGAAGACAGGUGCGGCUGUUUUGUACUAUGAACCUGAGGGAAAGGUCAUCUCAAGGUCUGGGGAUGAAUGUGUUGUUGCUCUAACAGAUCAGUGGCUCAUAACAUAUGGUGAGGCUGAAUGGAAGCAAAAGGCUAUAGAGUGCUUGAAGGAAAUGAAUACUUUCUCGACUGAAGCUCAUAACGGCUUCGAGCACACAUUAAACUGGUUGAUGCCACGAGCCUGUUCCCGUUCGUUUGGACUAGGUACUCGCAUUCCAUGGGAUGAGGAAUUCCUUGUAGAUUCUCUUUCUGAUUCAACUCUAUACAUGGUCUACUACACAAUUGCACAUCUACUGCAACAUGGUAACACUUAUGGAUCUAACUCUUCUUUGAGGGCUGAUCAAAUGACUGAUGAAGUCUGGGAUUAUGUUUUUUGUAACGGUCCAACACCGGAAACUGAUAUUCCUCCUACAGUUUUGAGAAAAAUGAAGCAAGAGUUUGAGUACUGGUAUCCCUUUGAACUUCGGAUAUCUGGUAAGGACCUUAUGCAGAACCAUUUAGCGUUCUGCAUCUACAACCACACCGCGCUUCUUCCAAAACAUCAUUGGCCUGGUGGUUUCCGUUGCAAUGGACACCUAAUGCUUAAUUCUGAGAAGAUGUCCAAGUCCACUGGAAAUUUCAGAACCCUUUCGCAAGCUAUUGAAGAAUUCUCAUCUGACGCCACUCGGUUUGCUCUCGCCGAUGCUGGUGACAGUCUGGAUGAUGCUAACUUUGUCUUUGAGACUGCGAAAUCUGCUGUAAUGAAGUUGACAAAAGAAAUAUCAUGGAUGAAAGAAGUUCUUUCUGCUGAGUCAUCCCUGCGAGUUGGUCCACCAACUACUUACGCUGACCGAGCCUUUGCUAAUGCUAUGAACUAUGCCAUCAAAGGCACUGAGGAUAGUUACAGAGCUUUCAUGUUCAAAGAUGCUCUGAAAACUGGUUUCUAUGAUCUACAGGCAGCAAGAGAUGAGUACAGGAUUUCAUGUGGAGCAAGAGCUAUGAACUACGAGUUGCUCUUGCGUUUUAUGGAUGUGCAGACCAGGCUUAUAACUCCCAUUUGUCCACACUAUGCUGAGCACGUGUGGCAAAAUAUACUGAAGAAAGAAGGAUUUGUGGUGAAAGCUGGAUGGCCAAUUGCUGAUACCCCAGAUCCUACUCUUAGGGCCGCAAAUAAAUAUUUGCUGGACUCCAUGGUUCUGAUGAGGAAGGUACUGCACAAGCAGGGAUCUGAUCUCAAAAAGGCCAAGAAGGGAGCUGUAGUCCCUGCAACAUUGGAGGAAAACAAAUUGUCAGUUGGUCUAAUAUAUGUCAAUGAGAACUAUGAUGGCUGGAAAGAGCAGUGUUUGAGAGUGCUACAGGCUCAAUUUGAGCCUGAAUCAUGUUCAUUCGCUCCUGAUGAACAGAUUAUUGAAACGCUGAAGAACUAUUCUAUUGGACAGGAUAUGGACCUGAAGCAAAUUCAAAAGCUGUGCAUGCCCUUCAUUAAGUUCAAGAAAGAUGAAGCACAAAAGGUUGGUCUGCAUGCUUUGGAGUUGAAGCUUCCUUUCAGUGAACUGGAGGUUCUUGAACUAAAUUCAGAGCAGAUCAAAAGGCAGAUAGGCCUGGAGCAUGUAGAGAUUUUGUUGGCAUCUGAUGAAUCUUCUGCAAACAAAGCUGGCCCACAUAUUUCCUUGAUCAGGCAGAAUCCACCUUCUCCAGGACAUCCUACUGCAAUAAUCUUGAGUAAAUUGGAGUUUCAAGGCCAAACCAGCAGAUAAAGUUAGUCACUUUGGUUUUCUACUGACAGGGGAAUGCUCAGGCAAUGUUCCUGAUCAUACUUGUCUGAUCAUCUCUGAUGUGAAUGUGACUGCCGGACUGGUAAGCAAGUAGGAGGGAGCUAUGAGAAUGUUGCAUGGUGAUGAAUUAGCAACACAAGAACCCGGAUACAUGGUG